UACCAAAUCAAAGAUGGCGAAUUUUUUGUUUCGCCAAUUUCGACUAGCAAGACGAUUACAGCCUGUCUUAGAGAGAAAUAAAAGAUGCAUGAGCUUAUUUACCAAGGAAAGAGAACCUCCGAAUGGAUUUCUUUUUAAUGAAAAGCCUCGUCUGAAUGGUGAAAAACGUGAGUGGGAAGAUUGGGAGGCAAUUUGGUAUCGAUGGUGGAUUGUUUCAAUUCUUAUUCUUGGUAUAGGUUUCUAUUAUAGACCUGAUACAUCUUUGGGAACCUGGGCUCGUGAGGAGGCCCUCAGACAAAUAGAAGAAAAAGAAGCAGCUGAGUCCUCAAAAUAGAAACUUAUUUUAUAUAAAAAAAAUAUUUAACUGGAUGUACCCAAACUGUAAAACUGUUGUGAAAAUAUAUGUUCAUUUGAUAAAGAGUA